AUGGUGCAGAAGUCUGAUUGUAUAGUCGCUGUGAAAGAGGUUGUGAAGACAGUGGUUAUGAAAGGUAAAGCCCCAGUUGAUCCGGAAUGCAAGGCUAAAAUUGGAAAGGCCCACGUCUACAGUGAGGGGGCUGAUGUAUAUGAUGUCCUGCUGAAUCAGACUAAUCUUCAGUUCAACAACAAUAAAUAUUACCUGAUUCAGCUGCUUCAGGACGACAAUGGAAAAACUUACAGCGUUUGGAUGAGGUGGGGACGAGUGGGUAAAGUAGGACAAAACAGCUUGGUUAACUGUGGGGGGAAUCUUGCUCAGGCCAAAGAUGCGUUCAAAAAGAAAUUCUUUGACAAGACCAAAAAUGAGUGGGAGCAUCGAGCAAAUUUUGAGAACGUUGCAGGGAAAUAUGACAUGGUAUUUGUAGACUACAGCACUGAAGACAAGGAGAAGGACAAGGCUGUGGCAUCCUCUCCUCCUCAAAUAAAGCCCUGCCAACUGAACAGCAAGUCUCUCCUAGAGCUUAUAUGUGACCUCAAAGCCAUGGAAGAGUGUGUGCUAGAAAUGAAGUUUGACACCAAAAAAGCCCCACUCGGAAAACUAACAACAGAGCAAAUUCGAGCAGGCUAUGCCUCUUUGAAGAGGAUCGAGGAGUGUUUAAAGAAAAAGAAGAGUAAUAAGGAACUCUUGGAUGCAUGCAACCAGUUUUACACUCGCAUUCCCCAUGACUUUGGGUUGCGGACACCCCCCAUAAUACGCACAGAGGAUGAGCUAAAGGAGAAAAUUGCUUUGCUUGAGGCUUUAAGUGACAUCCAGAUAGCAGUGAAAAUGGUUCAGUCUAGUAUUCAGAAUGAUGAGCAUCCUUUGGACAGACAGUAUCAGUCUCUACGAUGUCGACUGCAGCCACUGGAUUCUAACAGCAAUGAAUACAAGGUUGUAGAGAAAUAUCUUCAGUCCACUCAUGCACCCACCCAUUCUGACUACACAAUGACAAUUCUGGACAUCUUUACUGUGGAGAGAGAGGGCGAGAAGGACAACUUCUGCUCUGAGAUGGAAAACAAAAUGCUCCUGUGGCAUGGUUCCCGUCUGUUGAACUGGGUGGGGAUCCUGAGUCAGGGGCUGCGAGUGGCCCCUCCAGAGGCUCCAGUGACCGGAUUCAUGUUUGGUAAGGGGAUCUACUUUGCAGACAUGUCAUCUAAAAGUGCCAAUUACUGCUUUGCCAAUCAGAAGAACAACCAAGGACUCUUGUUGCUGAGCGAGGUUGCCCUUGGGAAUAGUAAUGAACUUUUGGAUGCAGAUUACAGUGCUGACCAACUGCCUUCUGGGAAACAUAGCACAAAAGGCCUGGGGCAAACUGCGCCUGACCCAAACAACUAUGUUGCGUUGGAUGGUGUGACCGUACCCAUGGGGCCCUCGGUGAAGACCGGGGUGGGGCAGAAGGGAGGUUACACCCUGCUUUAUAACGAGUACAUUGUUUAUAACCCUGCUCAGAUACAGAUGAAGUAUCUCCUCCGAGUUCAGUUUAACUUUUCUUCGCUGUGGUGAGGCAGUCUGGAUUCUUUACAUUUAGAACAGGUUUUACAGGUGAAGGACCUACACUAUAGUUAUACUGUAUGUAGCUCAUGUGUUCAUGAACUUAAAUAGACUUAAACAUAUUGUUCUGUAAAUGUCUGUUGUAACUUCAAUAGCUAUCUGAAGUUGAGUAAUUUCCGUUGACAUAAAUGGAAUAUUGCAAUUAUUAAU